CAAACCCUCGUAGAACUCAACUCGGUCACUCUCUCUCUCAGACAACCUCACCGCCCUCCUCGACCUCACCUCAGAAUCCGGCCACACCCACAUCACACAAGCAACUCACCUCUCUGAUCUCUCUCUCUCGACUUCUCAUUGCUUAGACCCUCACUGUGGAGGAGCCUUCCUUCAUGGCACAGAGGCAGAGCCACGGCCACAGGCGCCGCUCACCUCUCUGAUCUCUCUCGACUUCUUCAUCCAGAUUCCGGUGCACUGUGCACCGAUUCUCCCCCAAAUAAGGGAAUUCUGCCAUGGAUUUUACCAGUGGAUUGCUAUCAUAACUGAGAAGCCAGAAGCUGCCUCCUUUUACAGGAAAGAAGACGACGUUGUGAAUAAAUCACAGUUGAUUUUUUUUUUGCAAAUUUUGGAACGACGAGAUGGGCUGUAAGCUGUGGGUUUGAAUGAUAUUUUCUUUGGCAUAUCGCUGUGGUCGGAACCUGGUUGCUUUUCAUCUGAAUAUUAUUACGUUUUCAAGUCAUAUCUUAUGCGAUUGGUCGUGUCUGUACUUUAGUACACGGUAUGACUAAGUGAACAUAAUGGCAGGAAGAAGACUAUGGUGAUCCUUUUUAGAUGGAACAUGUUAAUUUGCAGUCUUCUGUGAAGAUUAUCUGUAUUUGCAACGUUCUGUGAAGACUAUUUGUGUUGCUAUUGUUUCCUAGAAUGUUUUUGCAUGUUAAUGCUCUCAUAUUGUUUUAGAAUAUUCUGUCAUGAUGUUAUCUUCCUAGAAAAUUAGGAAUGUGUAUUAGUUUUUUUAGUCAUUGAUAUCUGCUUUUUUUGGUUGUACAUAGAACUCUUAACGUAGAGUUAGCAAAAUGCAGGUGCAAACUGAACGGCUAAUCAAUGUGGGAAACUUUUUGGAAAUGUAUAACUCUAACUUAGAAAUCUCCCCUUUGGAUUGCACAUAUGCUCUUGAUGUAAAGUAAAUAGAAUGUUAAUGUAACUUAAAAGACUUAUUUUACCAUGUUGUUUUAGCUGUUCUGUUAAUUUUUGAAUUAUUUAGAUGAAUGUAUUGAUUUGUGCUUGGGAGCAGCCUCUCCAUAAAUGGGGGUAAGACUAGCCGACAUUCACCUCUCCCAGACCCUGCGUAAAGCGGGAGCCUUGUGCACUGGAAGCGUUUGGAGGGACUUUUGAAAUGAUUGAUCGAUCCAUCAAUCAAUCAACAGUGGACAUGAACAUAAUCCCAGAGGAAUGGAAAUCUCUCUUCCCAAUCUCAUCAGUCUUCAAGCCUCCUCUCCUCCUCUCAAACCCUUCACUUAAACCCAUCCUCGGUCCCCUCAUCUUCAACCCUAAACCCAACUCCGCCGCCGUCCUCUUCUCUUCCUCCUGCUUUCUCCCCCAUCUCCCUCCUCUGCCCCACCUCUCUCUCCCCCGUUUCCUCCUCACCUCCUCCCCGGACUCUGCCCCUCUUCCCUCCACCUCCCAUUCCAUCGCCUCUCUAUUGGGCCCCCACAACCACAAACACGACGUCGUCUCUUCCCUCCUCCACAACCGCCUUGAGGUCCUCCAGUGCCCGCAGAUUAAGACCAUUGUUGUGUUCUUCCCCACCGGCCAGAACUCUGACCAAGUUGGGUUCUUGCAGUUGGUACUAAAAGAUUCGACCUUUGGUGUCAAAGCUGAUGAAAGCGGCGAGGUUUUGGGUUUGAGGGGUCCGUCCAAUUACCGGAUUUCGAGGAUUUCGGUGAACCCGGUUCCUGGGUUUUCAAGUUCAAGAGGUAACGAUUCUUCUGUUACAAUUGGGUAUUUGUUGGCUUCUACUUUGUACUCUGUCCAGUGGUUUACUGUAAAGGUUGGAGAUACGAGUUUGAAUUUGGGUAAUAAAGUUAGUUUAAGUUACUUGGGCAGUAAGGUUUUCAAGACUUGCUGUGUUGUACAUGCCUCUUGGAGUCCACAUUUACAGGAAGAGAGUGUGGUUUUGUUAGAAAAUGGUGCUUUGUUUUUGUUUGAUUUGGAGUCUCGUCCGAAAACCCAUAAUUUUAAGUUUAAGGGGACCAGAUUGAAAGUAGUAUGGGAUAAUGGCGAUGUUUCGAGUACUUCAAGAAAUUAUAGGUGGUUGAGUUGUGAAUUCAGUUGGCAUCCUAGAGUUUUGAUCGUUGCGCGUUCGGAUGCAGUUUUCUUAGUUGAUUUGAGGUCCCGUGAAUGUAGUGUGACUUGUUUGAUGAAGGUUGAAAUGUUACAUAUGUAUGUCCCGGUUGAAAAGGAGCAGUUCCUUGUGCUUUCAAGGACUGCUUCUGAUGAUUUUCACUUUGUUUUAGCUUCUGACACGUUGUUACUUCUUUGUGACUUGCGCAAACCAUUGAUGCCGGUGUUGCAAUGGGCUCAUGGCCUUGAUAAACCAAGCCAUCUUGAUGUUUUUAGACUGUCAGAAUUGAGGUCACACUCGAGGGAGGACAUGUAUAAGUGGGCUUCUGACUCGGGUUUUUGCAUUGUGAUGGGGUCAUUUUGGAAUUGUCAGUUUAAUACCUUUUGCUAUGGCCCUUCCCUCCCAACUCCAAUAGGAUCAGUUGCUUCCAAAGUAGCAGAACUUCGGAAGUCAUUUUAUGCAUGGGAGCUACCUUCAGAUGUUUUACUGCCGGGCCAUGAGUGCCAUUGUGGAAACUGUAUAUUAAGAGAAGAGUUUGUAAAAGACGCUCUUCCUGAAUGGGUUGAUUGGCAACAGAAGAAAGAAAUAGUUUUGGGUUUUGGCAUUGUAAACAAAGAAUUGUCUUCUCUGCUUUCUGAGCCAGAUGAAUUCGGUGGUUUUACAUUGAUCAGGCUUAUGUCCUCGGGGAAGCUAGAAUUACAGAGAUACCGUGCAUCGUGGGAUCCUGUAAAAAAGGUGGAAGAAUCGCAUGGGGAAUCGUUGUAUUUUAAGGAUUAUUUUCUGGAUUCCCUAGCUGAUGAGGAAUACAAAUUCCCUAGGAGAUUUAAGUACCUUAAACUGGACUACCUCUGUGCUUAUCUAAAUGAUAAGCUUGAUGAAGUCUUAGAUACCAAAAUGAAAGUUCCCUCUAAGAUUGUUCAAGGGACGGAACUUUUUAGCCCAGAAUACCAUGAGCUUUUAUGUAAAAAGUUACGGGCUUGUGGCUUUGGUCAGUUUAGAUCAUGUCCUGCAGUCACAAGUGUUUUAAAUGACAUCAGCUUGCCAACAAGCAUACAUGAAGUUGUUUUGAAGAGAUUGUGGUCAGAAUUGCCAAUGGAACUUCUGCAACUGGCCUUUUCUAACUACCCUGAAAUCCUUGAAGUGCUUGUGGACGAAAAGAGGUCGGCUUUGGAAUUCUCUGCCGUACCGGACCAAUCCCAGUUGCCUCCUUUUAUUUUAAGGAAGCCUUCAUGCCGCAGCAGUAAGUGGUCACAGAAAGUUAAACCCAGUGAUGCCCUUGUCGGUCCAGUUCUUCCCCUUCCUAUAUUGCUUACACUUCAUGAACUUCGCAAUGGGUGUCUGAAUUCGCAAGAUGAACAGUCAGGUAAAUUUUCAGUAGAGGCAGAAAUUAGUCGCGGCUGUAAUGAGAUCAUGCAGGUCGCCAGUGAAAUGACUGUUUCUAAACCGGACCCUGGGAUUGUCGAUGAACAAGCAGGCUCCCUUGCUAAUGCUGGAGAAGAGACAUGGAGAUGCACUCAAAAACCGAAACCUUUCUUUUCAUACCACCCAGUUGCAGGUACGGGAUCUCCAAUGGACCAUAUACGGGGCAAAUCUGUCUUCAAGGACGACAGAUUUGACACCGUAAUUUCUAAAGUGUCUGAGAAGAAGCCCGCUCCCAGCGGUAGUGAGGAUAACGUCGGACUGGAACUGUUUGAUGAUCUUUGUCCAGUAGAGUUGAAGUUUGAUGCAUCUGACAUGAAGUUUAAGCAGAAGGAAUUGACUGCAUACAAUGUAUUGAAGAAACAAUUCGUAGAAUGGCAAAACCGUUUUGACUUGUACAAAGAAUCCUGCUCCCAUAUUGAAUCAAAUAGCUAAUACAUUACUCUUGAAUUU